AUGGCGUCUUGCACAGCAGCUAAAAAACGAGCAUCUCGACAGAAAGCUGCAAACAAUGUUGUUCAAACUGCUCCGAUUUGCAAACUUCCCGGGAAUAUUAUGCUACAAGUGUUCAAUUACCUUAAUGUAAAGACACUCUGUGCUUUAUCGACUGUUUGUCCGCGAUGGUAUCAUCUUGUUUGUGAUCGCUCGUUGUGGAAAUACGUUGAUCUACGCUUGUGGCCACUCUCGCUACGGACUUUGCAGAAAAUUGUAAGGAAUCGCUUGUCAGAUUCAGUUCUAGAGUUGCUCAUCAAAGGCUUCAUUGGGACCACCAAAAAGGACGAAAACAUUUCACCAUCUUUGCUUGAGGAGAUCAAGACGAAAUGUCCAAGUGGAAGUUUAGAAACUCUGGGCUUGUGUUACUGUGACAUGAGAAAUAUUCCCGCGCAAUGUUUGCCACGAAAUUUAAAAUCGUUACUUCUAGAUCAUUCGAUAGUUCCGCUUGGUUGGUUUGAGGGAUUGCAAUGUGAGACGUUUUUCCCAAAUCUAUUGCAGUUGAACCUAACAUAUUGCACUCGGGUUGAGAAUUGA